AUGAAUACAUAUAAUUCAGUUCAGAUCAAUGGUGUCAAGCUUCUUUUGGAAAACAAAGCUGAUCCCAAUAUUAGAGACAUUUAUCAUAAAACAGCUUUGCACUAUGCAACACAAGAAAAAUCUCGGAAGAUUGUGGAGAUGUUGUUGAUCCACAAAGCAGACCCCAAUAUUAUUGACAUGAAUUAUCGCUUGCCACUGGACAUAGCCAUUUCACUUUACAAAGUUGGUUCUACAAAGAAACUCAUCACGUUUGGUGCAAAAAGCAGCGACAUCUUUAGAAGUCUACUAAGUAUAUGUCAACUAAAUAUUAAUCGAUGGACAUUAAAGCACAAGCACUUCAUCAGGUAUAUUCUGAGACGUGCUGACGUAUUGUAUAUUCACAGUGAAUUCUCGCUCAAGGCUCUACUGUACUAUGCAGAAUGGGAUAAGCACGAACGUUUUCACCAAAAUCAGGAAAAAAAAACGUGUAUUCUUUUUGAGGUUUUGCACAAGAUUGGUGUCAGUAUUGAUGAUAGGAUGGGCGAAUUAGACCUGCAUCGAGCUUCUCGUCAUCAAAACGAAGAAAUGGUCAAAGCUCUUAUUCGUAAAGGAGCGAACGUCAAUGUGAAGAACUUUUACGGCGAGACACCAUUGCAUUUAUCACUUAAGGCAAUGGAAUCCAGCUACAGAGAAAACGAUGGGCAAAAGGACUACAGGAUUGCCAGUCUUCUCCUUGAGAACGGAGCAAAUAUUCAUGAGCACGACUACAUAAAAGAAACACCAUUUUCUUUAGCCAUAAAAAUUAAAUGUUGGCCUUUGUUGAAUUUGAUGUUGGCAAAGGCAAACGUUGACCUGGUAACAUAUGAAAACCCUGUUGCAACUGAAAGUGAUGAUGUGUCCAUUCGUUUCUGUGAAAACAAUCCCAAGCUGCAUGAGCUAAUCGUGGCUGUCGCUAUGGGCCACGAGAAUAUUGUUAAUCAAUUGCUUGACAAAAAUUUUAUCGACGACACGAGUAAACAUCCUUGUCAAGACCUAAACGCGAUGAUGUACGUGGAUAUAGAGAAGCGUCAAGUGAACGUUGUUAAAAUACUGUUAGAGGCUGGUUUUCGAACCGAUGGGUAUGUAUAUUACUCGAAAAAGUACGUAUAG